ACUGCCUGGCGGAUAUCGCACAGAAGGUGCAGGAGCAGCAUAUGGCUUGCUCAGAUGUUACAAUCUCAAGCGUUACAAUAGAAGCUGAAAUUUGUCUUGCAUGAACAGUAUGAGACGUACCAUACAGAGACUUGGGCUUUUCGCAAUACUACAGAUUUCGCCAGAUUCUCAUGGGGUUGGGAACCCCGAAACUUGUCAUGUGCGCUCCUGUGGCAGUAGGCCAGAUGUUGCGCAUUCCAGACUCUAUUGUAACGUUUGAGAUUGUAACACCUGAGCGGGUUAUACAGCAAGACCGGGCCGAAACCAGGAGGCGGAAGCUGGAGGAAAGAGAAAACGUAAACAAGGCUGCUGGUUUCGGGAAGAAAAAGAAAAAGGACAACAAGAAGACGGCAAGCAAGGGAAUGCUGCUCGGG